GGGCUGAGAAUGCUGAGGCACAGGGGUUCAGUUUCUUUAUAAAGAUCUUUAGCUCUGUUGCUCCUGGCCUUGUUAUCCUGUGUGUCAAUAGCGUUGAUAGUCUGCUGGUGGUUUCAUUGGAGUGUAUGCAAAGAAUGGAGCUUCCACAACUGGAGCAUGUUAGGCUCCGCAGGUGUGACAGCGCAGCCUCUGUGCCUCAGUUCUGUAACUCUCCCACGGUGAUCGUGAUGGUGGGAUUACCGGCCAGAGGGAAGACAUACAUCUCUAAGAAACUCACUCGCUACCUUAACUGGAUUGGGGUUCCCACAAAAGUGUUUAAUGUUGGCCAGUACAGGAGGGAGGCAGUCAAGACCUAUAAGAACUUUGAGUUCUUUAAACCCGAUAAUGAGGAGGCCAUGACGAUUCGGAGGUCAUGCGCUUCGGCUGCACUCAAAGACGUUGCUGCUUUCUUCUCUAAAGAAUAUGGACAAGUAGCUGUAUUUGAUGCUACCAACACCACAAGAGAGAGGAGGGCAGUGAUCAACAGCUUUGCAAAGGAAAAAGGCUACAAGGUGUUCUUCGUAGAAUCCAUCUGUGAUGAUCCAGAAAUCAUUACAGAGAAUAUCAAACAAGUAAAAUUUGGGAGUCCAGAUUACAUCGAUCGGGACAUUGAUGAAGCCAUGGAUGACUUCAUCCAGCGCAUCGAGUGUUACAAGGCCACCUACAUGCCUAUAGAUGAUGAAAAAGACAGGAAACUCUCCUACAUAAAGAUAUUUGACGUGGGCAGUAGAUUCCUGGUGAAUCGGGUUCAAGACCACAUCCAGAGCAGGAUCGUCUACUACCUCAUGAACAUCCACCUGACGCCACGGUCCAUCUACCUCAGUCGCCACGGAGAGAGCGAGAUGAACCUGUUAGGACGCAUCGGUGGGGAUCCCGACUUAUCGCCCCGAGGGCAAAAGUAUGCCAAUGCCCUGGCAUCUUUCAUUAGGGGUCAGAAGAUCAAGGACCUAAAAGUGUGGACUAGUCACAUGAAGAGGACCAUCCAGACUGCAGAGGCCGUGGGAGUCCAGUACGAACAGUGGAAGGCUCUCAACGAGAUAGAUGCCGGUGUAUGUGAGGAGCUAACCUAUGAGGAGAUUCAAGAGAGAUUUCCAGAAGAAUUUGCGCUGAGAGAUCAGGACAAGUAUCGUUAUCGUUACCCGAAGGGGGAGUCCUAUGAAGAUCUUGUCCAUCGUCUAGAGCCUGUAAUCAUGGAGCUAGAGAGACAGGAGAAUGUCCUGGUUGUCUGCCACCAGGCUGUCAUGCGCUGCCUACUGGCCUACUUCCUGGACAAACCUGCAGAUGAGCUACCUUAUUUAAGAUGCCCCCUUCACACAGUGAUCAAACUCACACCAAUAGCUUACGGGUGUAAAAUUGAGUCGUUUUCCCUCAGUGUUGAAGCAGUCAACACACACAGGGAGAGACCAACAAAUGUGAACAUCAACAGAGACCCAGAGGAAGCCCUGCAGACGGUUCCUGACCACAAAUGAAUACUGUUCGGGAAGAAAUGGACGACUCUUAUGCAGAACUAAAUGUGUUGCUACUGAUAAGCCUCUCUAAAUAUGAAGGAUCCACUUAAAUGCUUUUGUGCAAACAGAAGGGAGGAAGGUUUUAAAGUAGCAGAAGGAAAGGUAGUCGCUCAGAAUUCAUCAAAAACAAAAAAAUAAAGACCCUGAAGUGACCGGAAAGGACCUAACUUAUUACUAGUUCUGCUUCCACUGUCUGCAAAAUGUCUUAUUUGACUGUAUGUGAUUUGCUUUCUCGAAAGUGUCACGUUGUUUGUAAAUCGUUUAUAGACUGAACAAAGUUUUGUGUCUGGAGCCAGAAAGAGAACCACAAAUGAUGUAGGACUUUAAGUAAUAACCUGGGCAUUCAUGCACAUUUAUCACUGCUGUUCAGACAACAACGUUUGAUGUUGAUAACAUGAUUAUAGAAUUUGGGAUCAGCACCAUGGACAGCACCUAAACAAAGAUACUGUUUUCUGUAGAUUGGAACAUCUGUGAGUAGAUGGCAAUCAUGAUCGUGCGUUUGGAUGUAAAAAUGUAAAUAAAUAAAAAGUAAAUGCUUUCCUGAAAAGAAAAUUAUUUCAUAUUACAACGCA